CUUACGGACAGCAAUAGAAACUGUGUACUUAGCCCGUCAAAUGAAGAGACCUAUUUUGCUAAACCAGAGCAUCUCUUCCCCCAUCUUGAAGAUGGCAAGAUUCCCACCGAACCAUUUCUCAGCGCUUGUCAGGGCAUUGCCGACUUUGUGGGCUUCUUAGGAACAGCAUUUUUACCUGUCAAGGCUGAUAUUAACAGCAAUGUCGUGAAGGUGCGAACCCGCUACGAAAAGGAUAGAAUAAGGCAGCAUUUCCUACAAGAUCUGAUUGAUAUCGAUCUUAAGGAUAAUGGUGGCAGAUUGGGUUAUGCAACAGAAGGUCUGCUAUGGUUGAAAAGAGGUCUUGAGUUCAUGUUAGAAAUGCUCACUCUUAUGGUACAGGAGUAUAAUUCAAGUACUGACAAGAGGAAAACGGAUAACCUUGUUGGCGUUAUUAAUACGGCAUACGAAAGGUCCCUUAAGCGACAUCAUGGAUUCAUGUCGAAGCAGUUAUUCAAGACUAUUCUAAAGGCUGUUGCUCUAGGAAAAGAAGGCCUCGAUGAUCUUUGUAUCGAGCAUAUUUCUAGUCAUUUGGAUAAUUUCCGUCUUAACGUUAACGUCCUCGUAGAUUACUAUAUAUUGAAGAAUUUGGAUACUCCUGCUUCAUAA